AUGGCUGAAGAGAGCAAUGGGUAUGCAGUGAAAGUGGUGAUAAUCAACACAGAGUACAUAGAAACGGAUGCCCGGAGCUUUAAAGCCGUGGUUCAGAGGCUAACCGGUAAGGAGUCUAACGUGGCGGCGGCGGCGAAGGCCGGAUUUAACGGCCAACGGAAGGUUAAUUCCGGUGGGGGAAUUUCGACGGCGGCCAAGACUAGCCAUCAGCAGCUUCAUUUGGCAACCGCUCAUUUAGCCUUCAAUGAUUUUGAUUGCGAUAGGUUACUGUUCAACAAGGAAAUGUCACCGUUGGAUGAGCUGUAUGCGCUAUACGCCCAAUCAUAA